GGAGGUGGGUUACAUGUUCUCGUUAAACCGAACCCGAGUUAAAUCUUUGUUCAGCUUCAAGUUCAUCUGUUGCAGUCAAUGAUCGUCGACGUCAGAACAUCAGAAGGGUUCAUAUUCACAAUAUUUAAAUAUGACAGUUACUACAUAUUGGGAGUUUUCAUUUUUCAAACUCAAUAAUUACACAGAAAUGAACAUGUUAACAUUGUUUUACUUCGUAUUGGUCUUCCUUAAUCAUAAAAUAUAGGUGCAGCCUACGGUGUGCAGUGUUCAUGGCCCGAGUCAGGGUCAGAGCUCGCUUCUAAAUGGUUCUCACAAAAUUAUUCAUAAAAUUUACUUCAUAUUCUUGAGUCUGAUGCCUUAGCUUUGUUAUAGUUACGUACGGCACCUAUGUUUACCUAUAUUUACCUAUACAGGGUGGUUUAAAUGAUAUGUAUUUAUACACUGAUGAAACUCAAACUGCAAAUGAUCCAAUUCAUUCCAUUGAUCGAUAGAUUAAGUGCAUGUGACCACCCACUCACAGAUCAUAGCAUGGGUUCAUCAAAUAAUUCGCUCAGACUAUUUGCAGUUGCGACUUUCGUAUUGAUAAUGUUAUCAACAUCAACGGGAGAAAAUACAGAGAAGAUUUUAAUUGAAUUGCUGAAAAGCGAAACGAAUUUAUCACUUGGGGAUUCAUGUACAUACAAUGCCAAUAUUGAAAACGACCAGUGUCAACAUACGUUUUAUCCACACAAGUACCGCAUGAUCUGUGACAUCAAGACUAAAAAAUGCAGAUGUGUCUAUUUCCGAAAGGGAGCAGACUUCAAUCCUUUGAAAAUUAAAAACAAGAUGUGCCUAAGUCCUGAGUAUGCUGUUUGCUACCCGUUCUACCCCUUGAAUAUUACUCUAGUCAAGGGACCCAAGACUUUCAGGAUGAAUUAUACCGCAGCUCAUGAGCAGUGCGACAAUGAUAAGCGGACUGGAGACAAAUAUCUGGAAUGCUCCAGACCCAACAAGGGCAAGUUUGUGCAAACUCACAAAGAUGAGCAUUUCUGCUUGAAAAAGUCUGAUCGAUCUGGGGGCGGUCGAUUGCAGUUGAAAGCAUCUUAUCUAAUCUUGUGCUUAAUUUUAAUUUCUCGAAUUUUCCCUUAUGUGUGACGCAGAACUUGUUACACAGUAAAUUGAUAUUUAAAAUCAAUA